AGCAAGAUUGUGCGACCGAGUUUACGUUUUGAGAAGGUUUCACCGGAAAAUCAGUUUGAGUUUUGCGGUGAAUCACUGAGGUUGGGUUUUUAGGCGUCGCUCAGUUGUGUGAUCGUGUCACGUGCGAGGUCAGUUCGACAAAGUGCCAGAUAGUCGGGAAGCACUCAGUGGAGUUUUUGAAUUUACCGGAAUUGAUAAGAUACUUGAAGUGCUCGUCGUUGCUCAGCUCCAGUUUGACCAACAAUAUAUAAUUAGAACAAUGGAAUCGAAUAGUGAUCGUGGAGCCUGCACCCCAAAGCCGAGCUUAGUGAUAACAAGUUCCUUAGUGAAAAGUUCGUUACAAAAUAGAAAUGGAAGUGAGAAUGCAUCAAUCAGUGAUUUGAAAAAUUAUAAGAAAUCAGCAAAAUAUACGGUCGGCAAAAAUCUGACGGAUAUUGACAAUGGCAGUUUGACCAUUUUGAAGGAUCGGUACCUGUUGACAAGCAGUUCGAGCAGUGCCGGAGGAAGCAAUAGUACAGAGUCCUUUUGUUUGGAUAUUGAGAACAACGAGAAGUAUUUAUGCAAGGUCAUUACGGAACCAUAUGAAAAAGUAUUACGAGCUUAUUUCGAAUGCUCUUCAUCAAAUGCUGCAAAUACUGAAAUGUUUGAAACAGAAAACAAGAUACGAUCUGUGAAAGAUAUCAUACCAAUUUCUCAAGAUCGAACCUAUCUACUUUUGGAGCCUCAGCAUUUCGGCAAUCUUCAUACCUACAUUCGUGAUCGUCGGCGCCUGGCAGAACCUGAAGCUCGUACACUAUUCCGACAGAUCUGUGAAACCGUCCAAAUUUGCCAUCGAUACGGAGUUGUGUUGAGAGAUUUGAAGCUAAGGAAAUUCUACUUCAAUGACCAUACAAGGACGAAAAUUCAAUACGAAUCCUUGGAAGGAUCAGUAAUCCUAGACAGCCCAGCGGAUGAUCGUCUAAAUGAGAAAAUAGGCUGUCCAUUGUACGUCGCUCCCGAACUCAUUACAACCACAUCCAGCUACAAUGGCAAACCGGCAGACAUGUGGGCGCUUGGAGUUAUUCUGUACACCAUGCUAGUUGGGAAAUAUCCCUUCAACGAUUUGGAUGGUCAAAAUCUAUUUUCGAAAAUCCUCAGCUGCAACGUAACCAUCCCUUUCGGAAUAAGUAGCAAAGCAAAAUGUCUACUGAAAUGCUUGCUCCGGAGGCAACCUACUGAACGGCUAACCAUAGAUGACAUCUUUUAUCAUCCGUGGUUCCAAGAAGAUGCUCAAAACAACUCAGAUGCUGAUAUGCAUACCUUUGAUGCGGAAAUGGACCAGUGCGUACCAGAACAGCUAAAUGAAGGAGAUGCUUUUGAGUUGACAUGAAGCAUGCUCGGCUGAAUAAUGCUCACUUUGGUGAUCGCUCAAAGGCUUUACAAUGGGAUCUUACAGUUUGAAGAGGUCCAAAAGCGGAUUCGUCGUUUGGAAUGGUCACGACGGCGGAUGGAAUCAAUAACGCAUAUGAUGAAAUUGUGCUGAUUGAUCCAAGGAUUGCAGGAGCGCUCUAAGCGUUGACUGUAUGAUGUAACCGGAUGGAAUAAAGUUACUUAAGCAAAU